AGCCACGGCCAAUAGGCGAGAGACUUCUUGUUUCCUGGCAGAGCGGGGUCCCGGCACCGCGGCGCUCGGGUUUUUUUGGGGGCCCGGGUGGAGGGCCCGGGUGCCGGGGCCCGAGGUGCGGCCUCGCUGGCGGGAGAGGGAGCGGGAUCACCGGCCCGGAGAGAGCUCUCAGGGCCAGAGCGGGGCAGGAGGAUGCUUUCCCAGCCCCACCAUGGAGCUGCACUGUGGGGGAUUGCUGUUCAGUUCUCGCUUUGAUUCAGGGAAUCUAGCCCACGUGGAGAAGGUGGAAUCUUUGUCCAGUGAUGGGGAAGGGGUAGGAAGUGGGGCGUCAGCCCUGACCAGUGGCAUUGCCUCUUCCCCUGACUAUGAAUUCAACGUGUGGACCCGACCAGACUGUGCUGAAACGGAAUUUGAGAAUGGGAACAGGUCAUGGUUCUACUUCAGCGUCCGUGGAGGAAUGCCAGGAAAACUCAUCAAGAUCAACAUUAUGAACAUGAACAAGCAGAGCAAGCUGUAUUCCCAGGGCAUGGCCCCCUUUGUGCGCACACUGCCCACCCGGCCACGCUGGGAACGCAUUCGAGACCGGCCCACCUUUGAGAUGACAGAGACGCAGUUUGUGUUAUCCUUUGUUCAUCGUUUCGUGGAGGGCCGUGGGGCCACCACCUUCUUCGCCUUCUGCUACCCCUUCUCCUACAGUGACUGCCAGGAACUGCUAAACCAGCUAGACCAGCGCUUUCCGGAGAACCACCCUACCCAUAGCAGCCCCCUGGAUACCAUCUAUUACCAUCGGGAGCUCCUUUGCUAUUCUCUGGAUGGACUUCGUGUAGAUCUGCUGACGAUCACUUCCUGCCAUGGGCUUCGAGAAGAUCGAGAGCCCCGUCUAGAGCAGCUAUUUCCUGAUACCAGCACCCCUCGACCAUUCCGUUUCGCAGGCAAGAGGAUAUUCUUCUUAAGCAGUAGAGUACACCCAGGGGAGACUCCAUCUAGCUUUGUCUUCAAUGGCUUUCUGGACUUCAUCCUCCGACCUGAUGAUCCCCGGGCCCAAACCCUACGUCGGCUCUUCGUCUUUAAGCUGAUUCCCAUGUUGAACCCCGAUGGUGUGGUCCGAGGACACUACCGCACAGACUCACGUGGAGUGAAUCUGAACCGUCAGUACCUGAAGCCUGAUGCCGUCCUGCACCCGGCCAUCUAUGGGGCCAAAGCUGUGCUUCUCUACCACCAUGUGCACUCUCGUCUGAACUCCCAGAGUUCCUCUGAGCACCAGCCCAGUCCCUGUCUCCCUCCUGAUGCUCCUGUUUCUGACCUGGAGAAAGCCAACAAUCUCCAUAAUGAAGCUCAGUGUGGGCACUCAGCUGACAGGCAUAACGCUGAAGCCUGGAAACAAACAGAGCCAGCAGAACAGAAGCUCAACAGUGUGUGGAUUAUGCCACAACAGUCUGCGGGGCUUGAAGAGCCAGCCCCUGAUACCAUCCCCCCCAAAGAGAGUGGCGUUGCUUACUAUGUGGACCUGCAUGGACAUGCUUCCAAAAGGGGCUGCUUCAUGUACGGAAACAGCUUUAGUGAUGAGAGCACCCAGGUGGAAAACAUGCUAUAUCCAAAGCUCAUCUCCUUGAAUUCAGCCCACUUCGACUUCCAGGGCUGCAAUUUCUCAGAGAAGAAUAUGUAUGCCCGAGACCGUAGAGAUGGCCAGUCUAAGGAGGGAAGCGGCCGUGUUGCAAUCUACAAAGCCUCAGGGAUAAUCCACAGCUACACACUUGAAUGCAACUACAACACUGGACGCUCAGUAAACAGCAUCCCUGCUGCCUGCCAUGACAAUGGGCGUGCCAGCCCCCCUCCCCCGCGGGCUUUCCCCUCCAGAUACACUGUGGAACUAUUUGAGCAGCAGCCUGGAUGGGAGGACCAGCAUGCUGAGCCAAACUGGACUACCCCACAGGUGGGACGAGCUAUGGCCAUUGCGGCUCUGGACAUGGCGGAAUGUAAUCCGUGGCCCCGAAUUGUACUGUCAGAGCACAGCAGCCUUACUAAUCUACGGGCCUGGAUGCUGAAACAUGUACGCAACAGCCGAGGCCUAAGCAGCACUCUGAAUGUGGGUGUCAACAAGAAGAGGGGCCCUCGAACUCCACCCAAAAGUCACAAUGGGUUGCCUGUCUCCUGCUCCGAAAACACCUUGAGCCGUGCACGAAGUUUUAGCACCGGCACAAGUGCCGGUGGUAGCAGUAGCAGCCAACAAAAUUCUCCACAGAUGAAGAAUUCCCCCAGCUUUCCUUUUCAUGGCAGUCGGCCUGCAGGGCUGCCAGGCCUGGGCUCUAGUACCCAAAAGGUCACCCACCGGGUGCUGGGCCCCGUCAGAGAGCCCCGAAGCCAGGACAGGAGACGGCGGCAGCAGCCACUGAACCAUCGUCCUGCAGGCAGCCUCGCUCCAUCCCCAGCUCCUACUAGUUCUAGCCCAGCCUCCUCACACAAGCUGGGCUCCUGUCUACUGCCUGAUUCACUGAACAUACCAGGGAGCAGCUGCUCACUCUUGUCCUCCGGGCACAAACCAGAGGCUGUCAUGGUAAUCGGGAAAGGUCUGCUAGGGACUGGAGCUCAGAUGCCCUGCAUCAAGACUCGAUUGCAGGUAAUAUUUUUGGGUCUCCAGCACAACUACUCUGGCAGAACCCAGCAAGGCACUGUUCCUCUGGGUAGUGGGAGGGAAAACGCUCAGCACGGCUUUACUGCAUCUACCCUUGGCCACAUCAGAGAGCUUCUCUGGUGCCUGAGUGCCUGUCUGUCCAGUCCCCUUCCUGCCCUCCACCAUCCCCAUCAGCCAGGUCAUUUGCUUGCUUUCAACCUGUGUCCCUGCCAGAUAUACCCCAACCUCAGCCUGCUAGCUUUGGCUUUCCCUGCCCCUGCCCUUAGCUUCUCCUCUUUUUCUGCCCAGACCUGCCCGAGGAGAGUUUCCGCCAGGAGGGGUCCCGGAUUCCCCAGGCUAGGCCCAGGUUGGGCCGGGGCUCACCGCCGACUCGCAGAGGGAUGAAAGGCUCUUCAGGCCCCACAUCCCCUACCCCCCGGACCAGGGAGAGCAGUGAGCUGGAGCCGGGAUCCUGCUCUGCUACACCAGGGCUGCCUCAGGCCAGGCCCCCACGGCCCCGCUCUGCCCCUGCCUUUUCUCCUAUAUCCUGUAGUCUAUCUGACUCCCCAUCCUGGAAUUGUUACAGCGGGGGUCCCUUGGGCCAACUUGAGGUUUGUUUUGUCCCUAAAUCUCCCCCACUCACUAUUUCUCCCCGGGUCUGAUAAUGCCUUUAUGUUCAAGCCCAGGAUAUAGCCCCAAGAUGGGGAAACACAGUGGGAAAUAUGCUAGUUCCCCUCCAGGCCGCUGAUUCCAUGUGACAGCCAUUAAGUCCUUAGAAUGCCAGCCACGCUGUCCAAGGCAUUACAGAGUAUCACCUUCAGACAGAACAAAACAGGGACCUGCCACCCCUUCCCUCCCUCCGCAGCACAAGAUUUUGGGACCACAAAAAAAAUGUCUACAUUUUUAUAUUGGGAGGAGGGAGUAGAAAAACAAGCCCCUAUACUGGGCCCUAUUCAGUGGCAGCUUCUUGUUCCAUAGGAUUAAGGAAGACUUUGAGGAAAUAAAAGUUGUUUGGAAAAA